AACACUCGAAUUUACAGUUUCAAAUCCGGAUGCUGCAUGAAGGCAGAAAAACAACAAUAAACACACGUUUAUCCGAGGUUUUGCUUGCUUUUUCAGACCGCAGCUCGAGAAUGGACACAGUCAAGUAAUCCGUGUUUUCAAAACUGAUGGCUGGCUAUGGAAUCCGAACUGUUGAUUGGCUGGCAGGAGGAGAGGGCGGAGCUGAGGGCGGAGUUAUCACGUCUGCAGGAUGAGUUGGCAGAGAGCAGAGCGGAGAGGGAGGAGCUUGAAUCUCGAGCUCAAGCUUUGACUGACAGGCUGUCUCAGACGCUGGACCCUUCUCUUUCAUUAUCAAUGCGUCUGGAUGACGAGCAGAGAGAAUGGCGGCGGAAGCUCAGAGAGGGCAGAGAGAGAGAAGCCAGACAGGCUUUGCUUAUCCAUAAACUUCAGAACAAGGUGUUGGAGUACAGGGCUCGCUGUCAGACUCUGGAGCAGCAGACGAUCAGCGAGGAGCGAGAGCUGAGGAUCAGAGAGAGGAUGCUGCGGGAUGAACGCAGUGACACACUGGAGAGCACCCUCAUCAGGCUGGAGGAGGAACAGCAGAGAUGUCUAGGGCUCUCGGAGGUCAGCGCUCUUCUGCGGAGUCAGCUCAGCCAAUCAACAGAAGCUAACGAAGCCCUGAGGGAUGACCUAAGAAAGCUAACAGCUGAUUGGUCCAAAGCGGUGGAGGAGGUAGUGCAGAAGGAAAUCGACUGGCAAAAAGAGAAAGAGGCUUUGACAGGCUACAUAGGGAAGGAGCAGACCAGGUUGAUGACUCUGUGGGGACGUGUCGUCACUCUCAAACGCCAGUGUAACUCUCUGAAGACUGCUACUGACAAAGACCUGUGGGAGCUGAGAGCCGAGUUCACUCGUCUCUCCUCAUCUCUCCUCUCUGUAUGGGCUUCUCCUCAAUCAGCUGCCAUGCUGCUCCAUGACUCCUCUGUAGGCCACUCCACUACAGCGCAGCCUCUCUCCUCUUCCCAGGGGCCGCUGUCUCUUGACGAUUUGAGUCAUGAACAAAGGGAGAGGAAGUCGACUGAAUUAAAAGCUGACCUAGAGUCAGAAACUCUGGAACUCAGGAACAGGAUCACAAAGCUGAAUAUGACAGUAAAAGCUCUUGAAUCUGAACGGGAGAAACAGGAGGCAGAGAUAGAGAAGAGACGCAGGCAGGAGAUGGAGAGAGAACGAGAUCAAGAGAGGAAGUGGGAGAGACAGAUAGAAAUGGAGAGAAACUUUGAGUCUGUCAGACAUGCUGUCACAACACUGUCAAGGAUUCUCAGCUCUCAGCAGAUGAGCGGACAGUCAAGCUCUCUCUCUUCAGAUGAUGUGUCUAGUGAAGGACUGUCCUCUGUCCUCUCUGUCAUCGCUCAAGCUGAGACUGCCCUGCAGCUGAGACAACAGGAAGUACAGGAUGCUCAGGUGAGCUUGCGUAGACUUGGCACAGAGAAAGAAUCACUGGAGAAGCAAAUCAUGCAGUUGGAGAAUGAGAGAGUGGAGCUUCAGGAACAGACAAAUCAGGGAGCACUGCAGAUAAAACACACACAAGAACUACUGAACAGUGAGAAGGAGAUGGUGACUAGUUUGCGCAGUCAGAUAGAAGAGACUGAGAGACUCACUGAGGACCUGAGACAGGAGAAUGAACGCUUGAGACGACAGAGAGAGAAGGAGGAGGAGGAGAGAAUCCGGCUGGAGAGGGAGAGACAGAAACGCAUGGAAGCAGAGAUGUUAGAGACCACACAGCUGUGUGAGAGAGAGACCCGUAUCCGCCUGGAGCUGCACAGCCUGCAAGGGGCGCUAGAGAGAGAGAAGCUGGACAGAGAACGAGCUGAGCAAGAGGCAGCCGACACUAAAGAUUCAUUACUCAAGGCACGGGAGGCAUUGCUAGCCUUGUCCUCCAGUCAAACCCAGCUCAAGAGGGAGCUGGCAGAAGGUCGAGAUGCCCUGGAGAAAAUGGCUACUUUAAAUGAAGCCCUGGCCAAGGACAAGAGAGAACUCAGUGUUCGUGCUCUGCAGCUGGAGACGGAGGUGGCAGAAGCCCAGGCCCAGAUCCAGGCAUGUGGCGCAGAGAUGGCAGGUCUGCGCAGGGAAGUGAAGUCCACGUCUCUAGAGGCCAACGAAUUAAGGGAACGAAGAGAGUCUGAUCUGAAAACUCUGCAGCAGCUCCGAGACCGAGAGAGAGAGCUGGGGAAUGAGCUGGAGACAGAGAGGGAGGACAGAGAGAGGGAGGUGACUGCUCUCAUAGAAGAGAAAAAGAAUAAUGAACAAAAGAUUGCAGAGCUAACUGAGCAGUGCAGCACUAUGAUGAAGGAGUUGCAGAGUGUCCAGGCAGAACUGCUCCAAGCAGCAGAGCAGCAGAGAAGAGCCGAAAGAGAGAGAGACGACCUAAUUAGAGAAAGCCAGAGACUGGAGGACACCGUAUGUUCACUGGAAAGAGAGAAGGAGGAACUCACACAGGUCAAAGAGGAACUCGGGUAUAAAGAAAUGGGAGGUGUAGUAGCAUGCCUCCAGAAGCAGAUUGCUCAGGUUCAGGAACAGGCCUCUGGUUUGGAGGUGCAGUGCAGUCAGCUACAAACACAAGUGGAAACACUCACACAGACCAAAGAUGUCUUGCAAGGAGAGAUUCAGUGUCUGCAGACAGACUUGGAGAGAGAGACAGCACAAAGAGAACGGGAAAGAAAAGAAUCAACGGAGGAAAGAAGGAAGAGUGAAAGAGAGAUAGAAAACUGGCAGUCGGAAUGCAAAAGGAUUCAGAAAGAUGUAGAACAAGAAUCACAGAAAAACAAACUACAAGCAGAAGAGAGCAAAACAGAGAAGGAAAGAUGGCAAAAAGAGAGGGAAACUCUGAAUGCAGAACUCGGCCAGAAAGAUGGAGAAGUGGAAAUACUAAGGCACAAGAUUGAUGGUUUGUUAAAAGAAAAAGAAGACCUUUCAGACAUCUUAGAUAAAAGAAACACAGAAUUUGAGAAACUCCAAACGAAAUCAGCAGCAGAGCAUAAAACAGCUGAGCUAAGACUGAGAGAAGCAUGUGAUGAAAUUGAAAGAUGGAAGGAGAGAGAAAAUGAGGUUCAAAGAGAAAAAGAAGAGUUAAAUCAGAAGUUUAUAGAAAGUUUGGAAAGAGAAAGUCAGAACCUCAAGAUCACAGAGAGAGAGAAGGCGAAGAUGUCUGAUCUAAUGAAAAAAAAGGAGGAUGAAAUACGAAAGAAAGGAGAGGAUAUCGAAGAGUUAAAAUUGAAAGUCCAGUCACAUGAGAGAACAAUUGAGAGUCUGGAAAUAGAGUUACAAGAGAAAGAGAGUAGAUUGGAAACCAUGGAGAGACACAACAAUCAACUGAAAGAUAGAGAAAUGGAGAAAAUGAGAGAAAAUGAAACCAAACAAAAGAAAAGAGAUGAGCAAGAGAGAGAGAAAGAAAUAAGAUGGAGAAGACAGUUGGAACAGAAAGAUGGAGAAGUGGAAAUACUGAGGAAGAAGACUGACGGUUUGUUAAAAGAAAAAGAAGAGCUUUCAGACAUCUUGGAUAAAGGAAACACAGAGCUUGAGAAACUCCAAACAAAAUCAGCAACAGAGCAGAAAACAGCUGAGCUAAGACUGAGAGAAGCAUAUGAUGAGAUUGAGAGAUGGAAGGAGAGAGAAAAUGAGGUUCAAAGAGAGAAAGAAGAGUUAAAUCUUAAGUUUAUAGAAAGUCUGGAAAGAGAAAGUCAGAACCUCAAGAUCACAGAAAGAGAGAAGGCGAAGAUGUCUGAUCUAAUGAAAAAGAAGGAAGAUGAAAUACGAAAGAAAGGAGAGGAUAUCGAAGAGUUAAAAUCGAAAGUCCAAUCACAUGAAAGAACAAUUGAGAGCCUGGAAAUAGAGUUACAAGAGAAGGAGACUUUGGAGAGUAGAUUAGAAACCCUGGAGAGACACAACAAUCAACUGAAAGAGAGAGAAAUGGAGAAUAUUAGAGAAAAUGAAACCAAACAAAAGAAAAGAGAUGAGCAAGAGAGGGAGAAAGACAUGAGGUGGAGAAGACAGUUAGAACAGAAAGAUGGAGACUUGAUAGCACUCAAAAACAGAAUUGAAGAAUUAACGAGAGAGAAAGAACAUAUUUCAUUACUCGUGGAAGAAAGAGAUAAAGAUGUUGAACAUUUACAAACUAUGUUGUCGACAGAAAAGAGAACUCUUGAACUGCGCCUGAAAGAAGUGAAAGACAAUGUGGAGUGGUGGAAGAGACGAGCUGACAACAUAGAAAAGGUGAAGGAGAGUGUAAAUCGAGUAGCUGAAAGAGAGAGGACAGAACUAAGAGAGCUCCUUAGAGAAAGAGAGGAAGAGGUACAAAAGAGAGAAGAGGACAUUGGUGAUCUCCAAAGUAAAAUUCAGUCAUUAGAGGUAAUCAUAGAGAAACUAGAGGCUGAUGUUGAGCAGAAGGAUGAACAACUUAAACUUCUAAAGGAGCAAAACUCAAAGAUGACAGAGAAGGAGAUGGAGAAACAAAAAGAGGUGGACAGGAAGCAACUAGAGCUAAAGGAACAGGAGAAACAACUGAAAAGAAAAUUAGAUGAUCUCAAUACCAAAAUCGAGGCAGUCACUCGAGAAAAAGAGGAGGCAUUAGAAAGGGUGGAAGAGAGAGAUACUGAGCUAAAAGAAUUACAAGCAAAACUUACGGAAGAGCAGAAGAUGUUCGAUCAGAAGCUUAAAGCAGAACACGAAGAGGUGAACAGUUGCAAAGCCAAGUUAGCCGAGAUGGAACGAGACUGGAUGAACUCUGAGGAAAGAGAAGAAGAGAGAAGAAAAAGACAUGAGAUUGAGGAAAGAGAUAGGGAGCAGAUACUGAGAGUAGAGCUCCUUCAGAAAGAGACAGAGUUGAGGCAGUUGGCACUGAAGAUUGAUGAACUGAACCAGGAGAACGAGGAGAGCAGGACGAUAAGAAUAAAGCAACAAGAAGACCUUGAACGCCAAACUGGCCUCCUACGAGAUACUGAGGAAGAGGCACAGACACUGAGGAGGAAUUUACAACAAAAAGAAAAAGAGGAAAGAGACCGAGUCCACUGUGAGGAAGAAGCAAUGAGAGCGUUGAGAGAAAAGCUGCAUGAAGCCGAGCAGAGGAAUCUUGAAGUUUCAACCAGUUUACGAGAGACUGAAAUGGCACUGGAGAAGGAAAAGCGCCAAUACAGAGAGAAAGAGGAGAGACUUACGGACUGUAACCAAGAGUUACUAUUAGUCAGGCAUGAGCGAAAUCAAGAGAGGGAGACUGUUGAAGAUCUGAAGAAACUUAUAGGCGAACAGGGCAAAGAAGUGAAGACGCUGAAAGGGAAACUGGAUGAACGGUUAGGAGAGUUGGGAAGGUUGUCACAACUGCUUCAAGAGAGCCAAGGGGAAGCGCAAGUGCUUGAAUCCAGGGCAGAGAACAGUGAAGAGGAGAAACAACGACUGAAGAGAUCUUUGAGUCAGAUUGAAGAUGAGAGGCGGCAUCUGGAGACCCAGCUGCGAGAUGAAAAAAUGGAAGGGGAAAGGCUGAGAGCCAGGCUUGAGGAUAUGCAAAAAGGUCAACAUAUCCUGAUGGAGGAGAAGACAGGACGUAUGGAGAAGCUUGGGGCUCGUGUACGAGAGCUGGAGGAGGAGAGAGACCAUCUUUCAGCAGAGCUUCGAAGAAAAGAGAGGGAGAUUGAGGCUCUGAGAGAUGAAACACUUCGAGAGAGGCGAGAGAAGGACAGGAUAAGCUCUUUGCUGAACGACGCAAAAGAAAGGAAAGAAGCACUAGCUGCCCAGGUGGAUACUUUACAAGAACAGGUGGUUAAUCUUUCUAAAACCAAAGAACAAACCAGGUCAAAAAUCCAGGAACGAGAAGAGCAGAACCAGAAGAUGCGAGAGGGCCUGAUUGCAGGUCUUCAGGAGAUGGCGACUCUAAAGGAAUUGCUAGAAGAUAGUCAUCGUGAAGGAGAGAGACUCCGGUCCAUGAUGCAGGAAAAGAAGGAUGAGUGGGUCCGAAACAAAGAGGAAGGCAUUAGAGCUGCACAGAUUGAAGCCGAAGAUCUUCUACACAAAGUCCAGAUGUUAGAGAAGCAAAAACAAGAGCUUAAGACUGCCCUACAACUCCAAGAGGAGCAACUUAAGAAGAAAAACGAGCAAGGUUUGAGAGAGAAAGAACAAAUGCAGAUAAGGCAGGAGAAGUUAGAAGAAGAAUUGGCGACCAUAAAGAAUGUAGCAGAGCAGAGAGAGGCUGAGCUGACCAGAGCGAGGGCUAGAAUGGACAUCCUUGAAGAUCAGAGAACUGAACUCAGCUCUUUGGCAGCAGAAAGAACCAGGGAAGCAGAGGAACUGAGCAACACAUUCAGAGAGCUGAGACUGGAAGUGGACAGACUGAGAGAGGACAGAAGAAGAGAGAGUAAAGAUUGGGAGGAACUCAAAAGAGAAAAUAAAGAGAAACAAGGUGUGUUAGAGGGAUUGGAGCUCCUCAGAAAAACACUGAGUGAAAAGGAAAUGGAGAUGGAAUUGAUGAAAGAGAAAUAUGAAAAAGAAAAGAAAAGAAAAAGUGAGAAAUUUCACCAAGCGGAGGAGCAAAAUAUAAGACAACUGGAAUUGUUGUCUGAGAGACUGAAAGACAAAGAAACUGAGCUGGAGAGUAUUCGAGAAAUGGCGUACAAAGAACAAUCAGCAAAACUUAGAUUGCAGGAUCAAUUGGAAGAUGAGAAAAGAAAUACCAAGAUAUUGAGGGAAAAAAUGGAAACCUUGGAGAAUGAACUUGAGACGAAAAUGGAACUGGAUUUACGUAAUCUUAGAGAAUCUGAAAAGAAAAACAAUGGACUGAAGAAGGAUAGUGGCCUUGGUACUCUAUCAGACUUCACAGAGAUAAAUGCUGAAUAUCAGUCUCAUGAGAGAUUGUUAGAGACAGACACACUUAGAAAGGACCUUACAAAAAGGGAACAGGAAAUAGAGAGGUUGAGGACCCAAGUUCAGACUCUGCAAGCUGAGAUAGACAGACUGCACUCCACAAUAAGAAAUGAGAGCAUAAAAACCGGGCCACCUGAGAAUGAAGCCUGGGAAAGGCUAAAGGACCAAACGUCCGCUGUCCUUUUAGAAAAGGAGGAGAGGGACAGACUCCUCAGGGAGAAGGACACUGAAGUAUACGCUCUGAAAGAGCGAGUUGAAGAGCUGAGUAAAGACCGGGACCGUGUCAGAACGGCUCUGGAGAAAACUGAAGCCACACUGAUUUACUACAAAGAGAGGCUGGAACAACAGGAGCAUAAGAAAAAGAGAGCAGAAGCUGAUACAUUAGAGGAGAAAGAGUUUAAACCAAAGGCACAGUCCGUAAAUGAAGUGGAGACGGACUCUGCGGUGCAGGGGCGUCUGUCGGCGAUGCAGCGGGCCGUGGCACAACUAGAGGUGGAACAAAACCUCCUGCAGAAGAAAAACAAUCAUCUAGAGAAGAAGAUUGAGAGACUACGAACUGAGCGACAGCACCUGAGAGAGACGCUGACGCAGGUUGAGCUGGAGAGGGGGAAACUGAGAAAUCAGCUGUCACAGACUAAAGCUGGAGUGCUGGCCCCGUCAGAUGGUACCGAAAAGGAAGAGCUUAAGCGUCUCAGAAUCCGAGCCAAUGAGCUGGAAGAACAGGUUCAUCAACUUCGUCUCAUGUUGGCCGUGGACCAUCAGCAGAGGGCAGAGUUCAUAGAUCGCUCUCUGAAGAACAGCAAGAGUCUGAUGUCCCUUAGACAGGAUCUGAACGAGUCUCUAGCUGCGGUCUUCCAGCGGCCCGUCCCUUCAGUGCUGGAGUCAGAGACACAGAGGCUGGACAGGAGCAUCAGAGAGGAAGAGCUCCGACUGUCUCUCAGCCAAAGCUAAAGAAAUAAAACACUCAUUUGUAUCUAAUGACUAUUAUAUAGUUUGACAUCAUAUUUUUUUGCACUUAGCAUUAAGUAAUUCUGGCUGUGAGCCUAAGAUUUAUUUCACACUCAGGGUCUGAAAUUGUUACUUUCAAUUGUUACUGUUACUCUACAUAUAUUUAUGUAUUUUUUUCAAAGCAUUUCAAUAUAUUCUAAAUCGUUCUUAAAAUGCUAACAGCUACAAAAUAUCAACUUAAGAUAACUAUUUUAGAUGGCAAAGUUCUGGUUUACACCUGUCCGAUGUAGUGUUACAGUUGAAAGCUUUGCAGUCGUGUUUACAAUACUUUUUAAAGCUAUUCUGUCAGUGUUAUGUGUGCAAUAUAAGCUGUCUGUUUAAUUAAAUGUAAUACUGUAUUUUUUAUGCUCAUUUUUAAAAUAAACUCGA